AUGGUUUCCCUUUCUUGGCAACAAGUCAGCCCAGCCUUGCGUAGUGAGGUGGAUCCAGCAAUGAUGCACAACAAGUCAAGGCAUUUCAAAACCUUGGUGGUUUUCAUGGUCUACCUGGUCCUGCUACUCAUCUCCUGGGUGGCUGCCUGUGUCUACAGCCUGAGGCCAUCGCUCAGCACGAGCGACUACGAGGAUGCCCAGGGAAAGCUAUCUCCAGAAGCCUUACACUCGGUCACUACUUGGACGACAGCCAUAAGGGCGCUAAAUACAAUGGUUGCCAUUUCUACCAUACCUGUCGUCUCUGCUAUUCUAGCCCAUGCCGCGGUGGCCUAUGCCCAGAAACAAAACGAGUCCAACAAGCUGAGCCCUCGGCAGCUUCUUUCCCUGGCCGAUGAGCCUUGGGCUAGACUCACAGCUAACCAUACCUCGGGAUUUGCUCUGCUUGGCCUGAUAUUGGUGACCUAUUGUGUCGUGUUCUCCUUUAUUAGGGCUGUAGCAAUAAAGCCCCAGGAAGUAAGAGUCAUAUCAUGCCUUGACGAUCCCGCCAGAAGAUACGACGGACCAGGAUGCGAGCCAAGAAUCCCAUCCACCUUUAUGACGCUGGGAUUUGACCCAACGCCGAACUCUGUCGACCAAGUGCCUCGAGAUCGGAUAGUGAAGAGGGUUGCAGAUAAAUUGGUCACUGGACAGAGUGCCACCGAACAGCCGUACCUGUGGUAUGACUACAUAGAGGGUUCAGCAACCAAACCCGAAAGCUCACAGCCCCAUACGCUAUCGAGCUAUCUCGACCAUCCCAAUCGUGGAAAUAGCUACUUUGUGUCUGCACUCCCAUCAACCACAAACACUGGCGUGCUGCGCGAAUCGGCCAUGCGUCUCAAGUCCUCUGUCACGUGUGAGACCGUCGAAGACAAGUCAUAUCCGUCGUCGUGCAGCGGGACAGAAUCGUUUGCGGGAGCCUUUCGAAGUGCGGGCGUCCAGGUCAGGUUUUGCGUGUUUGAAACGUCGACGGCGUUGAAUCCGGACCGAGAUCGUCGGCAAAUCCGCGAAGAGCUUUUCCUGGGCAGUACAGUACCCGGCGAUAGUGAAAUAGGGAACAUGGCAGUCCGAGCCAACUACACAGCCCGAUGCAUUGCCAACAGUACAAGAGACUACUUUGAGUUGCCAAAUUUACGCAAUGGAGGCGGAUUGGCUGAGCCGUUGCAUACGACGGAUGGAAUGGGAGAAAUUUUAAACCGGAGGGGCAGUCAUGUCCAGGAAAUCAGUGUUGAUGAUGAUGAUAUUUCUAAUGAAAGCACUACGAUGCCAGCCUUCAAAGUAACCACGUCUCCCAUUCAAAAAGCACCAGGACCACUUGUGCUUGCUCUGCUCGCCGCUCUUGGAAACGACUCUUUUCUAGGACUGGCCAGCCGUGCUGAAGGUACCGAUGAACGCAACGACGCAGCUCGCUUCGCCGCAGCCGCAUCGAUAUGUGCACGUGGUUUGCCAUUGUCGUCGUUUACCAAGCAAAACAUUUCAGAUGCCUGCGCCGGUCUGUAUGAUGCGGCUCUCGAUCCGAGCGGUGCAUCCACUCAGUUGAGAAUUUCUCCAAGCCUUCGACUCAAUUUGCUUGUCGCAUCCUGGUUCGCCGCCCUCAACCCCGGAGGGCCCCAAGGCAAAGCAAUGGCCGAAUCUGCCUUGACUGCCGGGCUAUUCUUUGCUAAUGAGGCUCUGCUUACGGGGGCCGCCGAGCCGGUGCCGAGUACAUCGACCGUUCACAGAAGACAGUCGGGCCCAGUAAACCAGACCGGGCCCAGGCCAAUACACUCCGCCAUGGGUACGUCGAUAAUAAAGCCGAGCGUCACUUCGACCGCCAUCGGUAUCCUAUCUUUCUUUCUCGCCGUUGAGGUGUUUGUUUUGGCAGCCCUAAGCACCACGGCCUGCUGCUCGCGUACCAUCGGGACAAGGUUCAAACCGGCAACAAUGUUGUUCGCAGGGGCGCAGCUGCGGGAUGAGCUCAUUCCCCCGGAUAAAAUCACGUCCUCCCCCAAGGAAAAAAGUGUCGAGGUCAAAGUGGAAGAGAGGAAAGCGAUUCCGCAAGCUCCCAAAUCUUCCAGGGCGCCCGUCGUGGGUGGCAACAGGGGAACACCUGGAAAUACGGCUGACCAGCCAGAGUUGAAGAAAAUUCCCGCUGGCGGAAAAAGAGCCGUACAGAUACAAGAGCGUGGAUCAGAAGAUUCACUGGUUCGCAGAUAUAACAAGGAGGAUAGCUCUGGAACUGCAUCGAGAGCAUCGUCAAUUUUGAGCUGGGACGAUGGCUGGAAAAAGCUCCCUUUGCCACCACACCUGGGCUUGGCUAUUCAGUCUCCAGAGAGCGAAGAAGUGCGCUACACUCAGACUUGUGAAGGAAAUGCUAGCCCAGAACGUCAGCAAGGAAAGCAGGCGCAGCAAAGCCAGGGUGAGGUAACCACUGUUUCCCCUGCGGCCGAGGAACCGCACCAUUCUUUGCCAACCUCACCUUGCACCAGGACCGUUUCGUUUGCUCAAGGCAAACCAGAGACAAUAACCGUUCGAAGAGAGAGGCCGCCGUCAGAUCAGCCGCCGCAUAAGGUAGAGGCAGAUGCGCCUGAAGCGGAGCAGGAUGCCAACCGGGCGCGAUUGCAAGUUUCGGGACCAUAUUCUGGUUUUUGCUUGACGCCAACUUCUGACGAAGUGCCCAACCCUACAUCUGAGCGUUCACCUGCUCGGCCUCUGAGGGAGUUGAAUAUCCCGCACCGCAGGGGUUCGAUUGGGUAG